AUGAACGACUCUCUCUCACAACUACCUCUUGAAUGCCUCCAACGAAUCCUCGAAAUCAUCACCAGCAGACACCGCCGCGAGACCCUAACCUCCCUGAACGCCCUCCUCCGCGUCAACCGAUACAUCGCCCAAGUCACGCUCCCUUUUAUCUAUCACAGCCCCUUCCUAAGUGAACAUGUCUAUACUUACUUCAAGGAGCGGGGCCUUCGAGAGUUGGUCAGGACUUUGCUUGGUAAUGUUCUCCUUUGUGGUGGGGAGGUGUCGAAGGAUUUGAUUGGAGAAUUCAAACUCGACUCUUCUUUGUCCUCGCCCUCCGCCGCCGACACCGACACUGACGCGAAGAGCAGUUAUCCGAAAGUGAGACCGCUCAACUACCUUGGCCAUCUUCGGUGCCUUGACUUUCCUAUGGGCAGGUUUACAAAUUCCAUUCUCCAGGAGCGAGAUGAACUCUCGGAGGAUGAAGUGGCCUACAUCGAGGGGGGCGAGUUUUGGAGUCAGUGUCCUGUCGGCAACAACAGCAUGACCCCAGACACCAACAGCAGCAGCAUGGAACUGGACGACGACAACAACAGCAUGGACUCUAACGACCUCAAGGAGAGAUUGGACCGGAGGAGGAAGGAGCUGGCUUGGUACUUCUGGGAGGUGGGUCUUUAUCGAGACACUCUGUGGACCCUUUCCACGCCUGUGCUGGAUCAAUUGGAGGGACUAAGUUUUCCUCUUUCCGAUAUCUAUCGCUGGACUGGAGUUGUGGGCCGGCUUGGACGACUGGAGACCUUGAAGUUUGUCCUGGAUGAGAUCCCUCCCGACAAGUCUUCUAUCGACCCUAUCAACGACGAUGAAGCCACCAGGUUGUACAAGGACGAAGCGAUGCAGUUGUUGGUCCAUUUUGUCAGAGAGCAUACACGGAUCUUCAAGGGACAACUCCAAACCAUCAACAUUUGUACUCAGCAUCACCGGUCCCGGUACUUUGAUCAGCCUUGGCACCACAAUUUCUGGAUGCAGAUCUAUCGACUCCUACCACCGAUGGACCGACCCACUUUUCUGUCCCGGGAGAAUUUGAUGCGGUUGUUGGCGCAUCCGGAGAUCACGGAUUUGGGGCGUGUGAAGGAGGUUCUCUACAUUUACACCGCUAUCGAAACCCAAGGCUCGCAUUUGCCUCGGAGUAUCGAGAUCGGUCGUGGGUGGGUAGAUAUGCCGGUUCUGACGGACCUCAAGAUAGAAGCGCACAGUCAUCGACUCCUCAUCGACCAGAUGCUCCUCUUUCAUUGUCCGAAUCUCACCACCGUCUAUUUGUCCGAUAACACGCGGAUGUACCAGUGUCAGGAUAUUAUACCUGCUUUGCCGGCACAGCUGGAGAAGGUUACGAAGUUGGAGUUGGAAGGGUGGCCGGCGUUGACGUUUCAUCCAGCGACGCUUGUUUGGGCGACAGAGUUGAAGGUGUUGCGGAUCUGUGUUGAUAGUCGAGUGGCGGGGAGCGCCCAUUUCAUCCCGCCCGUUAAAGAGUUGAAUCGAUCCUAUGGAGGUCAUCAAGAUGAAGAUGGAUUAGCCACAGGAGCAAAAGACGGUCAAGAAGGAGGGGAGAUGCUGCCGUUGAUGAUACAGCGCCCGGCUUGGUCAUGGGACUGGAAGUUCCGGCAGUUGAAGAAGUUGGAAUUCACGGGCGAGUUUGCGUUCCGGUUCCAGUUCCGGAUGCUGCAUGGGUGUCCAGCCCUGAAAGAGUUGACCCUCAAGAUGGGGACUGAACAAGAAGACAGCCACGUCCGAGCCCUCACCCACGCCGACUUUUACAUACCCAACGACGAGACCGGCCUCGACGAACUUGACCCCAUGGACCCAACAACUGCGCCAGCACAGGAACCAACGAGGAUCAUUAUCGCCCACUCUGUCGAAAUCCUCACCAUGUGGGGCGCCUGGAUCCUGUCCGACUCCUUAAUUCCUACACUCCUGUACGACUCCUUCCCAAAACUCCGCGAGGUCUCCCUCUCCGGCUGCAACGGAUUCACCCUCCCCGCUCUAAUCACCUGUCUCCUGACGACACUAGCCGAGCGUAUCUCAAGGGUAUUAGUGUCUAUCCCAGAACCGACACAGGAGGAAAGGAAAGAGUUGGGGCUAUUACGGAAGGCGGGGUGGAAGGUGGAUAUGGGAGCCUUGAAAGUUGGGAUGGAUGUGGAAGUUUUGAAGGUUAAGGUGUAUUUUGUGCUUGGUCGUGGUGGCGAUAAAAGGGAGUAUGCUGUGUUGAAGGAUGUGGAGGAAGCGAGGGAAUAG